GCAGCCCGUAGCGCGGUACCUGAGGGCUCUCUGAGUUCUCGCAGGGGUCCCGGUUUCGUGUCUAGCCCUGGCAUGGGUAAUACAGCUGUGAACGUGUAUAAUGUCCGUGGUAACUAAAGCGGUGCCGGCCCUUGCUGGCCUCUGGUCCGUAGUACAGCGCUGUAAGAGGAACGUGCAGUGCUUGUCGUGGCUGAGGCACUGCUGGCGAGAGCGUUUGCUGGUGUACGAGUCUCUCACAGUGAGAUUUUGUCUGUAGAUUUACCCUAGAUGCGUUAUCAGUCUCAUCGAAGCUGAAAACCCUGUCAUUUGCCUUCACUGUUCUCCGCUGUUCUGAAAAUCUCAUUUUUAGCACGUACUCCCCUGCAAGGAUCCCGAAGCGUUAAGCCAUCAGGUGGAGUGGGAAGUUUGCUGUCCUCUGAAGCAUGCCAAGGGGCUAGGAAACAGAAGAGUGAGACAAAUCUGAGCAGUGAGAAGAGUGCACCCACUCCAGUAACUGCAAGGAGACUCACAUCUCUUGGAUCAACACUAAUGGGAUUGUGAAGACUAAAAAAGAUGUUCUGCUUAUGAAAGAGAAAAAGAAACAGAAGGCACUGGAGAAGGAGAUUCGUGCAUUAGUGAGAGAACGUGGAGAGCAGGAUAAAAAACUUCGUGCUCUGGAUGAAGAUCUUGUGAAGAUUGAAGCAAAGCUGAGUGCUGCGGUUCAGGAGAAAACCUCUCUUUCAGCGAAUGUUGCAUGCCUGAAGAAACAGCUUCUGGAGUUAACAAGAAGCAAUGAACUGCUAAAGUCAAAGUUGUCUGAAGAUGGUGUGCAGAAGAAAAUGAGCAGCUUGUGCAUGGAGUUGAUGAAGCUCAGAAACAUGAGGGAUGCCAAGGAAAAGACGGCACUGGCAAAGCAGGAGAACAUGGAAUUGAAGCUGCAGGAAGUGCAAAGGAAUCUAGAGCAUUCAAAAGGAAAAGUAGCACAGUUACAAGAAAAAUUGUCUGCUACUGAGAGAGAGAAAGUUGAAGAAAAGUCUGACAUUGAGAAACUCCUGGAAUAUAUUACAGAGCUCAGUAGUGUUGCAGAAACAGCAGAGAAAUACAAACUGGAAGUUGCCCAGAUGGAGGAGACACUGAGUAAGAAAGACCAAGAUAUUGAAAUCCUGAGGAAUACCCUCAACGCAAAAGAGGAAGAGUCAUGUAAACUGAUGAAAGAACUUAAAGAGAGGUGUCAAUUGCUUCAACAAGAGAAAGAGAAAGAGUUGUCUGAGGCCAAAGGACAGUUCCUGAAUAUGAAUGCUGAAAUAGAAGACCUGAAAAAAAAAAUUGAUUUGGUGGAACAAGAACACCAAAAACUCCUUCAGAAACAUGAGGUGGUCAUCUCUCAGCUGCAGCAAGAGAAGGAGUCAUCUGCAUCAAUGCAGCAGAAGUUACUAGAGUUUGAAGAUGAAGUAACAAGUGAGAGACAUCUUCUGGAAGAAGAGCUGAGUGGUACCAUGAAGGAGCUGAAUAAAUUGCAUGCAAAGGAGAAGAAAGCUGAAAAGUUGGUGAAGCGACUGGAACAAGAAAUCAAAUCUCAAGGUCUUGAACUCGCACAGAUGGAAGAAGAGUUGAAAGGGAAGAAUGCAGAGUUGGAGCAAAUCAAGGCAAUGCAUAGCAGUGCUGUGUUGAAAAUCCAAGAAGAGCACAGCAAUACACUGCAGGAACUUGGGAAGACUAUUGCUGACUUUGAAAGCUACAAGAAAACAUCAGCUGAAGAAAUUUGCAGUUUUAAACUGGAGAAUUCCUCUCUGCAAGAAGAAGUUGCCAACCUAAAAAAAGUAGGUCAAGAGACUCUGCAGUUGCUUCAAGAAGCAGAAUACACUAAAAACAAAGCAAAUGAAGAAUAUGCAAGGAUGCUUUUAGAAGUCCAGACCAAGCUUGCACUAAAAGAAGCAGAAACAGAGAGAACAAAGGAGUCGUGCCUUGCACAAGUGACUAAACUUCAGGAAAAACUUGAGGAGCAAACUGAAGAUCUGAAAAGAGAACUUGAAGCAGAAAGAUCAAGGAAAACUGUAAGUGAAGAUGUGACCUCUAGCCUAAAGAAAGAGAUCCAGACCUGGCGUAAACUGUAUGAAGACUUACAUAACAAAGUUAAGCCUUUUCAGCAACAACUAGAUGCUUUUGAAGCAGAGAAGAAUGCUCUCCUGGAGGAGCACGGGGCAGCCCAGGUAGAACUGAAUAAACUGAGUGAUGCAUAUGCAAAACUACUUGGCCACCAGAACAUGAAGCAAAAAAUCAAGCAUGUUAUGAAGCUGAAGGAAGACAAUGCCCACCUGAAGCAGGAUGUCUCAAAGCUGCGUGCAUUGCUAGCCAAGGAAAAGCAAACCAACAGGCAGCUUCAGGAGCAGCUGUGUGCAGUACAGGGCAUUAAGCGUUUUGAUCCUUCCAAAGCUUUCCAGCACGAUAGCAAGGAAAAUAUUCCUCCAAAAACACCUUUAAAAGAAGGUAAUAAAAACAAAAUUUGAAGUCUUCUUGGUAUCAAGAAAAUAAGUGACCCAUAAGGUGACUACAGGAGACUUCAACAGACUGCUUCUUCAAGGUGAACUUGAAUGCUGUAUAAAUUUCUCUAGGGCUUCUACUGAUUUGUAUUAAUCUAAAAUUAUAUAUUUUUAGAAAAACUUAUGUUUUACUGAGAAGCAACAGGUGACAGCACAUUCCUGACUCCUGGUAACAUCAUUACAGGCAUGAACUCUGCAAAGUGUUCACUGUUGCACAUUUUGGAUAUGCUGAGGCUGCUUAGUUAGGUUUUGAACAGAGCAUUUUAAGUUUGGAAAAGGAGAAUAAGCACUGGACAUUAAGAUUACAAAUGAAAUCUGAUUUCAUAUGAGUUUUUUGACUUUUAUAUGUUUUUAAUUUUUUUUUCAUCUAUCCAGUGUAUGCAAUUCUAUGUUAAAUUAAUUUUGCUGUUUAUAGCUGCUUUGGUACCAAUGGCAGCAAUACUGCCAAGAGACCUUUUUACUUCUGUGGCUUACACACUAUAGAACCAGAGCAGAAAUGGGACUGUACACUUAAUUUUGAUAUUCUACAGGAUCUAUAUUCAGUAUAUGUGAACUUAAAUCUGGGGGCUGGGUGUUGCAGCCGUUGAUCUUCAGAAGAGCAUUUGCAGGUCAAAGUCCAGUUGACUGCAUUUAUCUAAAUGUUUGUGUACUGUGCCCAAGAUUAGUGUCUUAAGAGCAAUGCUGUGUCUGCUGGACUCCUGAACUGCCAUAAAAUCUUGGUAGCCAGCUGUUGUAGGCGAGCAGUGCUACAGUGACAGGGAAUAACAGCAGAACUUCUCUCACUGGGUGGGAGGACACCACAGAACUCACAUGCAUUGCACAGACUGGAACUUUGACAAUGGGGAAAGAAUCUGUUAAACUGCAUUUAAAAUUAACAACAUUUUAGCUCAAUAAAAAUUUUAAUUUAAAGAAUUUGUCAAUUUCCUUUGCAAACCAGGUAUAAAACCCAAAAUUAUAUUACAGUGGGAUUCACCUAAUAUUCUUUUUUGUAGUCUUGUCUUCAAAACAAAGCCAAAUGUCAGUCUUGUCUCAAAAACACUGUACAAUACAUAGAACCUGCAAUUCUCU